CGUAAAAAUCAUCGUCUGAAUUGUUUGAUAUUUUGUUUAUUUUUAAGUAAAUUUCACUUAGUGCUAGUAAAGACACAAUUUUGUUAGAUUUUUUUUUAUCAAAUUACAGUUUUUAUUUAAUUUAAAUCAAAGAAUAAACAUUUCAAUCGUAAUGAGUUCGGAGAAUACAAAUGAAAAUCCAUGUCGAAUUUGUUUAAAAACGAAUGUAUUUUUCGAUUGGACUGAAGCAAUUUUUGAAUUUUCUGGUCCAUCCUACAAAGAAUGCUACUACCAGUACACCCAUCUACAGGAGCAUGAUGAAGAUGUCUAUACACAAAUGCUAUGCCUGGAUUGUGGCAACUGUUUAAGAAAUACAUAUCAGUUAGUGGGAAAAGCGUUAGAAUCAGAUAUAAAGCUAAAGGAAAUGAAAACAGAAAUUACAGAAAAAUCAAAUGAUCCACUGGAAUACGUAAAAGAACGCGAAUCAAAAUAUUUGUUUAACCCUAAUACGGAAGCGGCGUUAAAUACAAAUGCUGAAAUUCAGGAACUAGACAAAUCAUUAACGGAGGCUACAAUUUUGGUUACCCAGUCAGAUGAGGAGAUACUGAAUGAUGAUUUCACAGACAUUCAGGACUCCGAUUCAAAGUAUGAAUCAGAUGACAACAACAGUUCGAUGUCAAAUAAUAGUAAGCUCCGUUCAGAUAAGGUAGAUGUAACGCGUCAGCCUUUAUUAUGUGCUUACUGUUCAAGAAUAUUUUACUCCCGCACUCAUUUAACUAAUCAUGAAAAAACGCACGACCGAAAUCGGGAACGUACCGAAAGUUGCCCUAUUUGCGGUUUACAAUUUUUUAAUAAAAUGGCAGUAAAAUCUCACAUGCCAGUGCACGAUGAAAAUAGAGUACGCAACUACAAAUGUGAAUUUUGUAUUAAAGCAUUUUUUAGUCGUGGGGGACUUAAUAUUCACCGACGUAUUCAUUUGGGCCAAAUGAUUAAAUGUAAUUUUUGUUCUAAAGAAUUCUUUCGUCAAAAUGAUUUAGAACGUCACAUGCAAUCUCAUGAAGUUUCGCCCUUAACUGCGAAUACUGAAAAAUCGUCGAAAGUUAGAGCAAAAUAUUUUAUGGAAUGUAAAACAUGUGAACGUAAAAUCAAUAAGAGUUGCUGGGAAACUCAUAAAGCAAAGCAUUUGAAUCAACCUCUACUGCAAUGUGGUAUUUGCAACAAAACCUAUUACACUCGUAAAGCACUUUGUCUUCAUAUAAAAAAGAUUCACGAUGUUUCGGGAGAAGAAUAUGAUAAGGCUUUUAUUGUAAUAAAUAAAAAAUUCAAACCACGACAUUCAAGUUUAAUGAAAAAGCAAAACAUAACAAUUGAAUAAUGUUUUCAAAUACGUAUACAUAUAUGAACAUGUACAUAUUUCAUCCAUUAUUGUUAUCAUAAGUAUAAAAAUCAUCACAACAACUAAAUCUGAAGUGCAUUAAAUUCUGAUGAAGAACCGAUGAAUUUAACAUUAGCGUCCCAGCAAAAAAUUCCAUGACAUAAGUGGUUCGAUUUAGGAGAAUCAUGCAUGAUUUUAACAUUAGCGUGUCAUUAGAGAUCAUGUGUUUAUGCGAGUAUUUAAAUAUACAACAGCUCUCCCUCCAGCAAAAAUUCUUUUAGAAUUUGUUUGGCUCUUUGUUCUAACUAUAUACAAUUUAUUUAAUUUUAUU